GUUGAGCACAACCCGCUUGCGCGUCUGCCUCACGGACUGAUAAAUCCGUCGUCUUCCUCUCCCCAUUCCUCCUUCCGAAACUCUUUUCCCUCUCCUUGGGAAACUCCUCCUCGAAAAUACCAAUCCUCUCCAUCCAUCGUGUCGGGAGCCCUUUCUACCCCUUUGUCAUUCAAUUGACAAUCCUUCUCUUACAACCCAACAGCUUUAACGCUACUUACCCCCCCCCUCAUACACCUGAAUCCGAUUGAAGCCGAGACACCGACACCACACUCUCGCCCAUCAUGAAGUUCAACGCUGCUGCGUUGUCCGCCGCGGCCUUGUUCGCUGGCGCCUACGCCGACGAUGCUCAGAAGGUCCUCAGUGAGGAUAAGACCUCCACUGCCGCUGAGUCCUCUACCUCGGUCACUCCCCAGCUGUCCACCUUCAAGCCCACCACCCUGAAGGCUCCUUUCUUGGAGCAGUUCACCGACGACUGGGAGACCCGCUGGAGCCCUUCUCACGCCAAGAAGGACUCCAAGGAUGACGAGGAAUGGGCCUACGUUGGCGAGUGGUCUGUCGAGGAGCCUACCGUCUACAAGGGCAUGGAGGGCGACAAGGGUCUUGUUGUCAAGAACCCCGCCGCUCACCACGCCAUCUCGGCCAAGUUCCCUAAGAAGAUUGACAACAAGGGCAAGACCCUCGUUGUUCAGUAUGAAGUCAAGCUUCAGAACGGUCUUGAGUGCGGUGGCGCCUACCUCAAGCUUCUCCGUGAGAACAAGGCUCUUCACUCCGAGGAGUUCUCGAACGCCACUCCCUAUGUGAUCAUGUUCGGUCCCGAUAAGUGCGGCCACACCAACAAGGUUCACUUCAUCUUCAACCACAAGAACCCCAAGACUGGUGACUACGAGGAGAAGCACCUUACCUCUCCCCCCACCGCUCGCAUUGUCAAGACUACCGAGCUCUACACUCUCAUUGUUCACCCCAACAACACCUUCAUCAUCCAGCAGAACGGCGAGCAGGUCAAGACCGGCUCCCUUCUCGAGGACUUCUCCCCCGCCGUCAACCCUGAGAAGGAGAUUGACGAUGCCAAGGACUCCAAGCCUGAGGACUGGGUUGAUGAGGCCCGUAUCGCCGACCCCGAGGCCAAGAAGCCUGAGGACUGGGAUGAGGACGCCCCUUACGAGAUUGUCGACGAGGAGGCCACCAAGCCCGAGGACUGGCUCGAGGAUGAGGCUCAGACCAUCCCUGACCCCGAGGCCCAGAAGCCUGAGGACUGGGACGAUGAGGAGGAUGGUGACUGGGUCGCCCCUACCGUUCCCAACCCCAAGUGCACCGAGGCUUCUGGCUGUGGCCCCUGGACCAAGCCCUUGAAGAAGAACCCUGACUACAAGGGCAAGUGGACCGCUCCCUACAUCGACAACCCCGCCUACAAGGGCGUCUGGGCUCCCCGCAAGAUCAAGAACCCCGACUACUUCGAGGACAAGACCCCCGCCAACUUCGAGCCCAUGGGCGCUAUUGGCUUCGAGAUCUGGACCAUGCAGAGCGACAUCCUCUUCGACAACAUCUACAUUGGCCACUCCGUUGAGGAUGCCGCCAAGCUUGCUGAGGAGUCCUUCAAGGAGAAGCACCCCAUUGAGCAGCUCGCUGAGCUUGCCGACAAGCCCAAGGAAGCCGAGAAGCCCAAGUCCCCCAACGACCUCAAGUUCCUUGACGACCCCGUUCACUUCAUCAAGGAGAAGCUUGAUCUCUUCAUCACCAUUGCCCAGAAGGACCCCAUCCAGGCCGUCAAGUUCGUCCCCGAGGUUGCUGGCGGUAUCGGUGCCCUUCUCGUCACUCUCAUUGCCAUCAUUGUCGGCAUUGCCAGCUCCGGUGGUGCUCCUCCCGCUGCCCAGAAGGCUGCGGCUGAUGCCAAGGACAAGGCGAAGGAGGUCAAGGACAAGGCCGCCAAGGCUGUUGCCUCUGGCGCCGACGUCGCGAAGGACGCUACCAAGCGCAACACCCGCAGCUCGUCUUAGAUGGGAAUGGUUCUUGCGAUGGAAUUGUGAAUUAGUUUGCUUUCUCUUUGAUAUCGUCGCCGGGAGAAGGCCAGCGGCCUAAAAGUAUCGUGCUUUUAAGAUGGCACAAGGGGUGAUAUCAGGAACCGAAGAGAAACAUGGAUGCUGCUUUUUUCAGUUUAACUCCCUCAUUCUAUGCCUGUUUUUG